GGUUAUCUCAUAGCAUACUUCUCCUGCCGCUCAAAAAAUCACCAAGAUGGCAGCAAACGGAGAGGAUGACCUUAUUACAUCGCUCUACCCCCCACCACCGCCCUAUUACAAGUUCUUUACUGAUGAAAACCUAGAGAAGCUUGAGACAGGUGCCGAGCCCCAGGGCGACCUCAAAUUUCUUGUGCCACCAAGCCCGCCCGGCGGCGAGACCUACCGAUCCUUCGGGAAUAUCUGGCACUUUGAGGAUAAAAUUCCGUCACUAUCUGAAAUGGGAAUGGUGCAACUAUACGACACGGAGUGCGACACGUCACUCCCUGCGCAAAACACCGACCAAUUGAAGUCGACGAUCCGCGUGACGGAGUUGAAAAAGCUACUCAAGUCGCUCCUCCUCAACUUCUUGGAGCUCGUGGGCAUUCUCGCUGUGUCGUCGGAGAACUUUCACCUCAAGAUCGAAAAUAUCCGCACCAUCAUCAUCAACAUCCACCAUUUAUUGAACGAGUACCGGCCGCACCAGUCACGAGAAAGCUUGAUUUUGUUGCUCGAAAAGCAGAUCGACUCUAAACAGUCUGAGAUUUCCCUGAUCGACAAGGCUUGCUUGGAUAUAGAGACAAAGUUGCGCGACCUCGUGCGGAACCUCGCCCAGAAGCCCGCAAACCAGGUGCAGGUGAAAGAGGACGACGCAGAGGUCGCAGAGCCCGCAGAGCCUGCGCGCCACGACGUCAUUGCCCGCUUGCUCCAGGAAAUCAAAGACCAGUAAGCUGGAAGCAAUCGGCUUUACUCCUGUAUGUGUAUAAUAGAAUGUUGUAUAAUACCGG